AUGAGCGGAAUAGAGAAAUGUUCCUGGUCUGUUUCCUCUCAAUACUUCCGCACAACACCUACACUGUACGACUCCCUAAGUCGCUCCACAUACCCAUUGUCCCACUACACUGUACCCCAAAUUGUACUUGCUGUCUUUCUUUUCUUUCUGCUAAGGACAAAGCGUUUCUUCGAGGUUCCAUCCACAAAGGACCUCACUAUUGUGGCCCUCGCUCGAGACCCCUUCCCUCGUCGUUGCUCAUUUAUUCGCGACACACAUUUACAUGACCCACCAAGCCUAGUCCUCAAGAAGAGCCAGACGAAAAUUCGCAUUCCUAUAGGAAUGCGUCAAACAACCAAGCGACAAAAGGUUGGCGAGACGAAACUGCAGAGCGAGGACAAGCUGAUUGAUCUUCCUGCUGCAAAGACCAAGCAGCAACCUGCAAGAUCCAAUAGGCGAUUCAAGAACAAGGAUCUUAGCGCUCCAUCAAGUCCGGCCCUCGAGAUGGGUCAGACAGAGUCCAAGGCGCAGUUCAAGCGCAUGAAGGUCGACAAAGGCAAGGUGCAAAUGGUCACGCCCCAGCCUAUGUCACCUAUCGACAACACUCUAAUAGGCCCCUACAGCUCAAGUUCAAGUAUAAGCUGCUCUAUCGAAGACACAGUCUUUUUUUGCUGCCGAGCGUGUCUGGAUGAAGCCACUACGAGCACCGAUACAUGUAGGUCCUUGGUCUACCAUUCAUGGGAUGAUGGGCCCAAGAAGUCAACAGAUGACAUCGCGAGUAUCGUGAGCAUCCCCAUGGAUGUCCCCAUGGAUGAGUUCGAUGACUUCGAUAUCGACGAAAGCAUCUUUUCAGAUGACUUUGUCCUUGCGUGGGAUCCCAACCCCAGGGCGGUGGAUGAGACUUCGAGCAUGGCUCUUGAUGACUUUGAUGACCUCGACAGCGCUCAUGAAGUCUUCGUGGAUGCUCUUGAGGGCGCCGACGGCACUCUCAUGGAUAAUAUUGGUACGAAUGAUGGCGCUGUGGUGUAUUCACCAUAUUGUCUUGUUUAUUGA